GACGGCGGCCGCGGCGGAAUCAUGGCGGCCGCGGAGGAGGCGGAUGUGGACGUCGAAGGGGAUGCGGUAGCAGCCGUGGCCGGCGGGGCGCUGCGGGGAGACUAUGAAAAUAUAGCUUCUGGCUUAUUGCAAGAUCACUACCUUGAUUCAUCUUGGAGAACAGAUAACGGCCUUCCAUGGACACUGGAUAGCACCAUUAGUGAAGAGAACAGAGCCGUCAUUGAGAAAAUGUUGUUGGAAGAAGAAUAUUACUUAUCUAAUAAAUCGCUUCCAGAAAAAAUAUGGCUUGAUCAAAAGGAAGGUGACAAAAAAUCUGUGAAAAGUCCACAUAAGAGAACAGGAAAAGUCAUGGUUCGCUCACCUACGAAAUCAGCAAGCUGCUCAGUAAAGUGGACAAUAGAAGAAAAAGAGCUAUUUGAACAAGGACUGGCUAAAUUUGGCCGAAGAUGGACAAAAAUUGCCAAGUUGGUUGGAAGUCGCACUCUUUUACAAGUAAAGAGUUAUGCCAGGCAGUACUUUAAAAACAAGGCAAAAACUGAUGACUCUGAAAAAGAGGAACAAAGUCAGUACAGCAGCAAUAGUCUUCCUGUUGAGGAUGAAGGAGAGAAGGUGGUGGCAUGGGCCCCUGCAAACCUGAGGGGCCGUGCAGACCCCAACCUGAACGCAGUGAAAAUUGAAAAGUUAUCUGAUGAUGAGGAAGUAGACAUCACAGAUGAAAUGGAUGAGUUGCUUUCUCAUGCACCCGCACUGGAACCCAGCAAAUCUAAAUUCACUGAUAUUCCGAAGUGUCCAAUUCAAGAAACCAGAGAAAGAGAACUUACUUUUUGGUCUGCUGAAUACAAUUCUGCAAUUCCCAAGUUUGCAGAAGACAACUUUCAAAAGGCCGAGCAAGGCAAGGUAGAAGCACUGGAGUUUCCAGACAUUGCAGCCACAUGCUCUGAGAAACAGAGCGUGAAUGGUGAUAAACUGAUUUCACAGAUUCAUCUGCAAUUUAAUGAAUUUACAGAGAAAAGUGAGCAAGACAAAAAAGGGACUUUUGAUGACACCAAGCAAUUAGUUGAUCAAGAACUUAAUGAAGAACACAAGGACUUAGUUAAUAAUGAAAUGCUUUUCCAUCCUUCUUGCCAACUGGAUGAAGAAAAUCAGGAAGAAGCAGAGGAGCUUAAGCCACCUGAUCAAGAAGUGGAAAUUGAUAGAAAUAUCAUUCUAGGAGAAGAAAAGCAAGCUAUUCCAGAAUUUUUUGAGGGACGUCAGGCCAAAACACCAGAGCGCUAUCUGAAAAUUAGAAAUUACAUUUUGGAUCAGUGGGAGCGAUGUAAACCUAAAUACCUGAAUAAGACUUCAGUACGGCCAGGACUUAAGAACUGUGGUGAUGUUAACUGUAUUGGACGGAUACACACAUACCUGGAGUUAAUAGGAGCAAUUAACUUUGGCUGUGAACAGGCUGUGUAUAACAGACCACAACCGGCUGAUAAAACACGAUCCAAAGAAGGCAAAGACACCAUAGAAGCAUAUCAGCUUGCUCAGCGUUUGCAGUCUAUGCGUACAAGAAGACGACGUGUGCGAGACCCCUGGGGAAACUGGUGUGAUGCCAAGGAUUUGGAAGGACAGACAUUUGAGCAUCUCUCUGCUGAGGAACUAGCAAGAAGGAGAGAGGAGGAGAAACUUAAACCUGCAAAGCCUUCUAAAGGAUCAAGACAAAUCAAAAGUUCCUUUGAUCCCUUUCAGCUGAUACCUUGCUGUUUCUUCACUGAAGAAAAACGAGAACCAUUUCAGGUGAAAGUGGCUUCAGAAGCACUUUUAAUAAUGGAUUUGCAUGCUCAUGUUUCCAUGGCAGAAGUAAUAGGCCUAUUAGGCGGAAGAUACUCUGAAGCUGAUAGAAUUGUUGAAAUUUGUGCAGCAGAACCAUGUAAUAGUCUCAGUACAGGACUGCAGUGCGAGAUGGAUCCAGUGUCUCAAACUCAGGCCUCAGAAACCUUGGCUGUUAGAGGGUACAGUGUUAUUGGGUGGUACCACUCUCAUCCUGCAUUUGACCCCAACCCUUCGAUACGAGAUAUUGACACUCAGGCUAAAUACCAGAGUUAUUUCUCCAGAGGCGGGGCAAUGUUCAUUGGAAUGAUCAUAAGUCCUUAUAACCGAAAUAAUCCUCUUCCAUAUUCUCAGAUUACUUGUCUGGUUAUUAGUGAUGAGAUCAGUUCUGAUGGCUCAUACCGCCUGCCUUACAAGUUUGAAGUACAUCAGAUGUUGGAAGAACCUCAGUGGGAAUUAGUGUUUGAAAAAACAAGAUGGAUAAUCGAAAAAUACAGGCUCUCUCAUAGCAGUGUCCCCAUGGAUAAAAUCUUUCACAGGGAUUCUGACCUGACCUGUUUGCAAAAACUUUUGGCGUGUCUGAGGAAGACUCUGGGCAAGGUAACGAACUGCUUCAUUGCUGAAGAAUUCUUGACUCAGAUAGAAAACUUAUUCCUUUCUAGCUACAAAAGUGAGAAGCAGAAUAAUACAGCUGAAGAAAAUAAGAAUGAGUGUGCAAAUGAAUUGCCAAUGUGAUGGCUUUUUCAGUGAUGAAAUUUCAGUUGAAUGGACUACUAUCCAUUGUUCCUCUUUCAAAGUUAUUGUCUCAGAUGACAGUAAUAGGGACAUAAUCCAGUAUCUCAGAUAGUGUAAUGGUUCUAAAGGCAUUUGGAAAACCUCUAACAAAUGUUUUCUGAUUACAUGUGAAAUUUGUAUUUUUUACAUGCUGAAAAAUUAUUGAAUAGUAUCACAAACUUUGGGUUAUCAUUUGGCCAGCAACCUACCAUUGGGAAGGAUAAGCUGAAAUAUAGCAUACUGUUUCUGUGCAUAAAGGAGAGGGUCCCUCCUCUUAGUCUUUGAAUAUGGAAUUUUGGCCUUUUUUCUGUCCUCAGAUACACAUUGUAUUGAGAGUUAGAUGUGUACAUCAGAGGGAAGAAUUUGUCCCGUAGUGCAUUGUGUUGUCUAAAUUUGGAUAAUUCUGCAGAUGAGAUUUAUACCACUCUAUCACUGCAAAGAUUAUAGUAUAUCUGGUACUAAUUUUCCUGGUAUUUACUCUAAACUUGUACUCUGCCUAAUUUAAUUCACUCUGUUAUUCCU